GUUCGUCGCGACGCUGAGUUGUGAGUUUUCGCGAGGCGCUGCCUUGUAAACGCCAGUAAAAUUGUCAUGGAAACACGGCAAUAACACAAACAAGAAGAACGGACGUCAUUUUGGGGGUUUGUACCAAGCAAGGAGUGUGUCACAGGACGUCGCCUUUUAUCGCGUUAUUCAUAGUUCGUUUGCAAAUUAGUCCAGUCGCGGUGAGAGAGUGAAAAGGUGGGCCUAAUUAAAUAAAUUAAUAACCUCCGCCAUGGAUGAUUACGCGCCGAGUCGCUUCAAAGUGCUUUGCAAAAUCGGCGAAGGUGUCCACGGGGUGGUGAUGAAAGCGAUCGACUUGUCCUCCCCGGGUGCCAACAAGUUGGUGGCAAUUAAGAAGGUUUCCCUCCGUACCAAGCACGGCAGUAUUGCGACUCACACGUUGCGCGAAAUUAAAGUCCUUCAGCACUGUGACCAUGAAAAUAUUCUUACCUUGCUCACCAUCUACCCAGACCUCAAUGGUUUGGCGCUCGUUUUCGAUUUUAUGCCACACACGCUGCAGUCACGGCUAAAGGACGAAACAGAUCCACUAAGUCGGCAAGAAGUUAAGUCCUACACUAGGAUGCUUCUCAAGGGGCUCUCGUACCUUCAUGAAAAAGGAAUUAUGCACAGGGACAUCAAGCCGGCUAAUCUGCUGAUAGAUGACAAUGGGCGGCUGAAGAUUGCCGACUUUGGCCUGGCGAGACUCUUCACAGCCCUCAAGACUGCCAACGAGGAGGCAGGCGUUUGCUUUUCACCACAAGUGGCAAGUAGAUGGUAUCGUGCACCGGAACUCCUCUGGGGUAGUCAGAGGUAUGGGCCACCCGUAGACAUGUGGGCCGUGGGCUGUGUCUUUGCUGAGAUGCUAAGGGGUGUGCCCCUAUUUCCGGGUAGCACAGACAUUGAGCAAUUAGCACUGGUUGUACGGACGCUGGGAACGCCGCAUCAAGCUGAAUGGCCAGAGAUUCAUCACCUGCCAGAUUUUAGCAAAAUCAGCUUUCCCCACUCAAAGGGCGAGAAGUGGGAAUCGAUCUUUCCCAGCUGCACGACUCCACAGGAAAUCAGUCUUGUGGAUAAUUUAGUUACGUAUAAUCCGAGAAAAAGAUUAACGCCGGACCAGGCACUUCAUCAUGAAUAUUUCAAUUGAGCACCGCCUUCGGGCCACCCCGACUGGACUUGAUGGGGGUGUGGAUGGUCAAGAGAGAAAUUUUCCUCGGAGAUUGUAUUGUAAUAAGAAAUUUGUUGGUGGAGUGCGAGAAUAUGCUGUGAAUAUGUUUCCAUGAUUUUUUUCCUCCGUCGCCGUCGUCCCAUGGUGGAAAGAAAGGCGGUGGAACGCCUAUGUAUUUGCCCUAUUAUCUAUAUCAGAGCAAAAUAAACUCAUAAAAUAUGA